UCAGGUUCUCUCGCCUUCCAGAGAGUGAGCUGAAGUGGAAGUCCGCCGAUGAGGUCGCCCGGCGAAGCGAGCGCCCCAUCCGCUCCGGCGAGCGGCGGCGGCGGCGGCGGCGGCGGCUCCGCCUUCGCGGAGAGAGCCUCCGAGGAGGUCCUCGCUCGCUACCGCUCCCUGCCGAAGAAGGGGAAGCCCCAGGGGCGCGAGGUCACCGUCCUCGCCGCCUUCCUCCUCUCCUCUCCUUCUCGAGAACUGGAAGUGGUUUCGCUCGGGACGGGGACGAAGUGCAUCGGGCGUUCUCUGCGGAGCCUCCACGGCGACGUCGUGAACGAUUCUCAUGCUGAGAUCAUCGCGCGGAGAGCUCUGAUGAGGUACUUGUAUGCUGAGAUCCAACGACUUAAGAUGUCUGACGGUGAUGAUGGAAACGGCCAUGGGAGCGACCGAUUUCGAUGCGGCGGUGAUGUUCGUGAUCGUGAAUCGCCGCUCGAGCCGAUCCUAGAAGGCCACGGCGAGGGGAAGUACAGAAUGAGGGUGGGUUGGCAAUUGCAUCUGUACAUAUCGCAGUUGCCAUGCGGAGUUGCUCCUCCCCCCUCCCUGUUGCCUCAUAAAAUAUCUGCAAUGAUGGAAGAAAAUGAAGUCAAGGUACCAUCAAUGGUGGAAGACACAGGAAGAACGGUUUCAGAGGAUAUGUUGAAUAAACAUGGAGAUGAGUUACCAAUCGUUGCCUCUGUUCAGAGAAAGCCUGGACGUGGUGAUGCUACACUGUCAGUCUGUUGCUCAGAUAAGAUAGCAAGAUGGAACAUUGUUGGUGUUCAAGGUUCUUUGCUUUCCUACUUCCUCGAACCAGUUUACCUGUCUUCUGUGAUAGUUGGACGGUCUCCAAAUAAUUCUGAAGACAUUUUGGUGCAGAAUAAGCUGCAGCAUGCUCUAUAUGAAAGAUUAUCAUGCUUUCCACAAGAGCAAUUAAGUCCCUUCCGAUUGAGCAAGCAGCCAUUGUUCCUGGUGGGCCCAAUACCACUGGUGGAAUUCCAGCAUUGUGAGAGUGCUGCGGCGACUCUAACAUGCGGGUAUUCAUUAUGUUGGAACAAGUCUGGGUUGCAUGAGGUUAUUCUUGGAACCACGGGAAGGAAACAAGGCACCUCUGCCAAGGGGGCACGCUAUCCAUCAACCGAGUCAUCUUUGUGCAAGAGGCGGUUAUUGGAGAUAUUCUUGUCACUCAAGCAUGAGGGCACAGCCAAUGAGCCAUGCAAGGAGACUACUUAUCGAGAAUACAAGGAAGGAGCUCAGUCUUACAGGUCAGCUUCGAAGGCUCUAAAAGAUACAGCCCCUUUUAACAAUUGGCUGUUAAAACCACUCAAUCAUGAGGCUUUUACUAUCAUGAGAUAGUAUGUUGUCAAUGAUCAUAAGGUGUUCUUGCUUUGGUUAUCAUUUCAUUUUUCCUUUAACUAUACAUUUUUGUAAGAGAAUAUUUCUUUAGUGUUCAACUCAUUUUCAGGACUGUCCAGUUAAUCCGAAUAGUGACAAAAAUGCUCUGAUUUACUGGAAAGUAGAGGUUAAGCAUUUAACUCCCUCCGUAACUAAUCUGGAUUCGCAUAAAACUGCUGAAAAGGUUUUUAAGUUUUGCACUUAGCUAUUCUUCUCAUAUACAAAUUGUAUGUCCCACCUUCUGAACAUGCAAUCCCGCGAAGUUUCUGGAGACUUGUUAUGUGAUUACAUGUUUCCCCUUUUGUCUAAGGUAAGAAAUAUAUUAACUUAAGCCAAAGAGAAGCAAGAAGCUAUACAACAAGAACUUAGCACCAAGAACUUACACUCCCGAAGACAAGAAUAGUCAAAGCAAGUGGAAGGGUGCCAAGGUAAAACAAGCCCACCUGCACAGGAGCAAAGGAAUGCCAAAACAAAGGCAAAAGCAAACCAAAUGGCCUAAACAAGGAGACAAAAGAACAAAGACCCCAACAACAACACAGGUAUAGCAAGGAACCCGACGGUAGAUCAGUCCGCCAAAAUGGAAGGGUUUAUAGACCAGCAAUGCAGUAAUCUACAGUUCGUGGUGUUGGAAGGGAGAUGGUUAAAAGACAAUGCUUUGUCUCUCACAACCUUCUCUAAUUGCAACUUCAUAGCUGAGAGGGAUGGUGGCCUCCCCCGGAAGAGAACAUUAUUUCACUCCUUCCAAAUGAUGUAGCAAACGGCUGCAAAAGCAAAUCGGCCAAGGGUGGAAUGGAAAGAAUUCCCGACAAAUACUUGAUCGCCCAGUGCAAGUUAUCCACCCAAGAUUUGUUCGUCCAAGCAAAAUUGAAUCUAGAAGCCCAAAAGGUUGCUAGAGCGACAGGACAUGUUUCCCCUUUUGUCGUCAUAGUGAAACAUCAACUUGUAGCCAAGUUGUCUUCAAAAUAUUUCUUUAUCUUCUGUUCUUUCCAGUUACUCUAUUAACGCUUAUUCUUUUCCCCGGUACUUUGAAAAUAGAGGAGAAUAACUCCGUAACUCUCCAGUUUUCAUUAA